CCCACUCUUCAAACUGCGCCCAACAAAAUAAAAUUCCAAAACACACAAAAAAGGGGGUUUCUUUCUUAAACUACCACCUAACUAUCCAACAAUGGCGGCUUCAUCGACAUCAUCGUCAUCAGCUCUGUUAACCCACAAAACCCCAUUAUCCCAAACCUCCCUUUCGUCUCUCAAAUACAGACUCCCAGUCUCACUCUCCUUCACGCGCCACCACAACUCCUCACGUACCUUCAUAGUGUUAUCAUCGUCAUCGAUAAAUUCAAAACCGACAGUUUUAGUAGCGGAAAAGCUAGGUGCAGCGGGGCUAGAUCUACUAAAAGACUUUGCAAACGUUGACUGUUCAUAUAAUUUGAGCCCAGAAGAACUGUGUACAAAGAUAUCAUUAUGUGAUGCUUUGAUUGUUAGAAGUGGGACUAAAGUUAGUAGAGAAGUGUUUGAAAGUUCAGGGGGGAGAUUGAAAGUUGUUGGAAGAGCAGGGGUUGGAAUUGAUAAUGUGGAUCUUGGUGCUGCGACAGAACAUGGGUGUCUUGUUGUGAAUGCUCCGACAGCUAAUACUGUUGCGGCGGCUGAACAUGGGAUUGCUCUUUUGACUUCUAUGGCUAGAAAUGUUGCACAGGCUGAUGCUUCUAUUAAAUCUGGGAAAUGGCAGAGGAACAAAUAUGUGGGUGUAUCACUUGUUGGCAAGACUCUUGCGGUGAUGGGUUUUGGAAAGGUAGGUACUGAAGUUGCCAGACGCGCUAAGGGUCUCGGUAUGCAUGUUAUUGCCCACGACCCUUAUGCACCAGCUGACCGUGCUCAUGCUAUAGGAGUGGACUUGGUGAGUUUUGAUGAAGCCAUCUCAACAGCCGACUUCUUGUCACUCCACAUGCCCCUCACUCCUGCUACAUCAAAGAUCUUGAACGAUGAGAAUUUCGCAAAGAUGAAAAAAGGAGUUAGAAUAGUCAACGUUGCUCGUGGUGGAGUCAUAGAUGAAGAUGCAUUAGUCAGGGCACUAGAUGCUGGCAUUGUAGCACAGGCUGCACUUGAUGUUUUCACGGUAGAGCCACCACCAACUGAUAGCAGGUUGAUACAACAUGAGAAUGUAACUGUUACUCCCCAUCUUGGUGCUAGUACCAUGGAAGCUCAGGAAGGAGUGGCUAUAGAAAUUGCUGAAGCCGUUGUUGGAGCUCUAAAAGGUGAGCUUGCUGCUACUGCGGUGAAUGCUCCCAUGGUUCCUGCGGAGGUUCUUACAGAACUGAAGCCUUAUGUGACACUUGCUGAAAAACUCGGAAGGUUGGCUGUACAACUAGUAGCUGGUGGAAGCGGAGUGAAAUCUGUAAAAGUCUCUUACGCUUCUGCCCGAGCACCUGAUGAUCUUGACACAAGACUACUCCGAGCCAUGGUCACCAAAGGUCUAAUCGAGCCCAUCUCCAGUGUUUUUGUCAACUUAGUGAAUGCAGAUUUCACUGCCAAACAAAGAGGGGUUCGCAUUAGUGAAGAAAGAGUGCUCUUAGAUGGCUCACCCGAAAGCCCACUCCAGUCCAUCCAGGUCCAGAUUGCCAAUGUUGAGUCAAGGUUUGCCAGUGCAAUCUCCGAGUCUGGGGAGGUCACGGUGGAAGGCAAGGUCAAGGAUGGAGUUCCACAUUUGACCAAAGUCGGAGCUUUUGAAGUUGAUGUGAGUUUAGAAGGGAACAUUAUUCUUUGCAGGCAGGUUGACCAACCGGGUAUGAUUGGAAUCGUUGGAAGCAUACUUGGUGAAGAGAAUGUGAAUGUGAGCUUCAUGAGUGUUGGAAGGAUUGCACCACGAAAGCAAGCCAUUAUGGCGAUUGGUGUGGAUGAGCCACCAAGCAAAGCGGCUCUAAAAAGGAUUGGGGAGAUCCCUGCGGUUGAGGAGUUUGUUUUCCUAGAUUUGUAGUGUGCUUUUUAGUAAACUCAAUUGGUGGUGGACUGGUUUUGGUUUAGAUCCCAGUUUUGAUGAGAUUGGUGUUGCCAAAGGGAAAUAAUUUUGGGUUUGUAUUUUUGUUGUGAUUGUUGUCCUUCAUAUGGAAUGCUGCACUUGAGUUGUAUGCUUUUAUUAAGUUGCUAUGCUACUUUAUGAAAGUUGAAGGUUUUUAUUCA